CCCGCCCGCCUUCCGACGGGGGUGCGGCUCCAGGAAACGGCGCGCUCGCCGCUCAGCGCUCUAGCGACACGACGCGCCCCAGACGACCCCGCCGACGCAGCCAGACCACCUAACGGGCCCCAGCGGCGGCGGCGGCAAGAGCGGCUCCGGGUCCCGCGCCUCGGACCCCUCCCCACGGACGGGGCGGGCGGCGCCGAUAGGAGCCCGGAGGCCAUGGGGACCUGGGCCAGGCCAGCGAUCGCGGGCCAGCGGGAGCCCCGGGUCUGAGGAACGGGCGGCGGAGGCGGCAGGGCCAUGACUUCGGUGUGGAAGCGCUUGCAGCGCGUGGGCAAGCGGGCCGCCAAGUUCCAGUUCGUGGCCUGUUACCACGAGCUGGUGGUGGAGUGCACCAAGAAAUGGCAACCGGAUAAGCUGGUGGUAGUGUGGACCCGGCGGAACCGACGCAUCUGCUCCAAGGCCCACAGCUGGCAGCCGGGCAUCCAGAACCCAUACCGGGGCACCGUGGUGUGGAUGGUACCUGAGAAUGUGGACAUCUCUGUGACCCUAUACAGGGACCCACACAUGGACCAGUACGAGGCCAAAGAGUGGACGUUUGUUAUUGAGAAUGAGUCCAAGGGGCAGCGGAAGGUGCUGGCCACGGCCGAGGUGGACCUGGCCCGCCAUGCGGGGCCUGUGCCUGCCCAAGCCCCACUGCGGCUGCGGCUGAAGCCCAAGUCGGUGAAGGUGGUGCAGGCCGAGCUGAGCCUCACUCUCUCUGGGGUGCUGCUGCGGGAGGGCCGCGCCACGGACGAUGACAUGCAGAGUCUUGCGAGCCUCAUGAGCAUGAAGCCUUGUGACGUGGGCAACUUGGAAGACUUUGCUGAGAGUGAUGAGGAGGAGGCUAAUGGUCCAGGGGGCCCGGAGGCGCGGGCUCGUGUCCUCCAGCCAGGCCCGGGCAGUUCCCUGAGGCUGGGGCGUUUCCCAGAUACUUCUCGGGAGCUGAAGACACUCUGUGAGGAGGAGGAAGAGGGCCGAUCUCGGCCCCGGCAGGCAGCUGCCAGCCCUUCUAGCGCCGAGGAUACCAGCCCAGCCCCUGUGAGUGCCCCUGCGCCCCCAGCCAGGGCCUGCCGGGGCCAGGGGUCAGAACCAGCUCCUGUAGCAGGGGGCCAGGUGGGGCCCAAGGCCCCAAGGCCCCCCGGAACCCCACCAGAGACAAGGUCCUCAAGACAGCCAGGCCAGGACGCGGCCCCCAGCCCGGCCCCUCGGCUCCGGAAAGGCUCUGAUGCCCCCUGGCCCCCACUCCCCCAAGGGGGAGAUGAGGCCCCCAGCGCCUCAGGGGCUCCCCCAGCAGGCGUGAAUUCUGCUGUGGAGACCCAGGCCUGGGCAAGCCCUCAGAAAGGGACAGCAGCCCAGGGAACCGGGCUGGGCCCAGGCAUUGAGGACAGAGAUUCCAGCAACUCUUUGGAAGGGCAGAAACCCAAGGUUGAGGAGGGGAACAUUGGCGACAGGCCAGAGGCUAGUGGGGUGGACACUGAACAUGGGUCAGGAGUCAGAGAGGUGAACAGUAGGAGGUCAGAGGUCAGAGCUGGGGAGGCUGAAGAGAGUUUAGAAGUUGGUCAGGUGGAUGCUGAGCAGAGGUCAAAGGUGAGACAUGUGGACACUAAGGGACCAGAGGCUACAGGGGUGACAUCUGAGGCAAGAUUCAAGGGAACUCCUGAGGCUCCUCCAAGGGGCUCUCAGGGGAGGACAGGGGUCAGGACCAGGGAAGAGGCUCCCACCAUCCUGAGCCCACCCCCAGCAGAGCCGGCAGGGCAAUCCAGGCAUCUCAGUGACCUCAAGGGGGCCAGGGCUGCUGCGGGCCAGGAGAGCGAGGGUGCAGAGGUGAGGGGUGGAGCCCCUGGUGUUGGGGGGACAGGCCUGGAGCAGGGCCCCUCUGCUGGAGCAGCAAGCGCCGGGCCCCAGGUGAGCCAGUACCAGGGGGCUCCACCAGCAGCUGACCAGGGGGUGAUGUCCAGGGAUAUGAGGGUCUGGGAAGUAGAAACUGGGGAUUUGAGGGUCCUGGGAAUAGAAACUGGGGUGACAGAGUCAGAGUUAUUGGGGACCCGGGAGACAGAAGUGGGUGGGUCAGAGUUCCCCGAGAUAGAGACUGAGACAGCAGAAGUGCAGAUACUGGGGACCCAGGAGACAGAGGCAGUGAGGUCAGGGGUCCUGGAGUCAGAGGCUGCUGAGAUGGCAGAGUCUGAGGAACUAGGGACCCAGAAAACAGAAGUAAGGGUUUUAGACGCCCCAGGGGCAGAGGCCGGGAUGGCAGAGUGUGAGGUACUGGGGACCCAGGAAACAGAGGCUGUGGGUACAGGAGUUCUGGGGACGAAGACCAGGAUGUCAGAGAUUGAGAUACUAGGCAUCCAGGAGAUAUCUGGGGGUUCACGGGUACUGAAGAUAGAAGCUGAGAUAGCAGAAUCUGAAAUAUUGGGGGCUCAGGAGACAGAGGUGGGAUGUUCAGGGGUCUCAGAGAUAAAAUCUAAGAUAACAGGGAUGCAGGAGACAGAGUUAGGGGGUUCUGAGGUCCCAGGGAUCGAGACUGAGACAGCAGAAGCUGAGAUACUGGAGACCCAGGAGAUGGCAGCUGGGGGUUCACGGGUCCCAGGGAUGGAGACUGAGACACUGGGGACCCAGGAGACAGAGGUAGGGGGUUCAGGGGCCCCAGGGACAGAGACUGAGACAUUGGGGACCCAGGAGACAGAGGUGGAAGAUUCACAGUUCUCAGGGCCAGAGGCUAGAAUGGCAAAGGCUCAGGGUCUGGGGACUCAACAGACAGAAACUACAGUUUUAGAGGCUGAGAAGGCAAAGGCUAAGACUUCUGGGGUCCAGAAGGCAGAGACUGGACUCUGGGAGACCCUCAAAUAUGAGGCUUUAGGGGCCCCCGUCAUAAAUCAUGGAAUUUUAGGGUCCCAGGGAACAGAGGCAGAAACUACAGUUUUGAGGGGCCAGGAGAUGGAGGCUGGGAUUUCGGGGGUUUCAGAGGCCAUGUCUUGGGUUUGGGGGGCCGAGGAAGCAGAGAUGGAGGUUUCAGGGGCUUCAGAGAACCAAUCUGGUAUUUUUGAGGCCCAGGAAGCAGAGGCUGGGGUCUCAGGAACCGAGAAGGGAAAAGAAGCUGAGGGAAACCUCCCAGAGGCCAGCCUGAUGGAGGCGCAGGUGGCCAGUGGGGCAGGGGCUGGGGUGCCCAGGCCCUCGGGGGCCUCUUCCCCAGAGGAGCCUGAAGAGGACAGGAGGCUGCCGGGCGGCCAGGCACUACCCGCCCCGGUCAGCUUCAGUCAGUCCCUGCUGGAGUGGUGCCAGGAAGUCACCGCCGGCUACCGUGGCGUCCGCAUCACCAACUUCACAACAUCCUGGCGCAACGGCUUGGCCUUCUGUGCCAUCCUGCACCGAUUCUACCCGAACAAGAUCGACUUUGCCUCCCUGGACCCACUCAACAUCAAACAGAACAACAAGCAGGCCUUUGAUGGCUUCGCGGCCCUGGGCGUGUCGCGGCUUCUGGAGCCGGCGGACAUGGUGCUGCUGUCGGUGCCCGACAAGCUCAUCGUCAUGACGUACCUGUGCCAGAUCCGCGCCUUCUGCACGGGGCAGGAGCUGCAGCUGGUGCAGCUGGAGGGCGGUGGCGGCGCCGGCACGUACCGCGUGGCCAGCGCCCAGUCGAGCCCGCCCGACGAACUGGACGCCAGCGGCCUGGCGCAGCGACUGCGCGAGCACCGGGCCGAGGCGUCCCAGGAGCCCCAGGAGGCCGCGACCCGCGCGGACGGGACGGCCCCCGAGGCGGCCUCCAAGGACCGCGGGGCCGAGGCCGUCCAGGAGGCGCGCUCCGCGGAGGCCCCGGCCGACGGCCCCGAAGCCCGGGCGUCCGUGCCCCCGACAGAGGGGCUGGUGAACGGGAUGGAGGCGCCGGGCGCCGCGGGCGGCGUAAGGCUGCGGCGGCCGUCGGUCAACGCGGAGGCUGGGCCCGUGCCCCCGCCCCGAGCGCACGGCUCCUUCUCCCACGUGCGCGACGCUGACCUGCUGAAGAAGAGACGCUCGCGGCUGCGGAACAGCAGCUCCUUCUCGGGGGACGACCCGGACGCGGGAGCUGCCGGAGCGGCGGCGGAAGUCGUGAGCCCUGACCCCAGCCCUGCCCCACAGCAGGCCCCUGGUGGGACUCCCCCAUCGGAGGAGCUACCCCCAAGCCCAGCGGAGGAGGCCGGGCUGCAACGGUUCCAGGACACAAGUCAGUAUGUGUGCGCAGAGCUACAGGCCCUGGAGCAGGAACAGAGGCAGAUAGAUGGGCGGGCGGCCGAGGUGGAGACGCAGCUGAGGAGCCUCAUGGAAUCAGGUGCCAACAGGCUGCAGGAGGAGGUACUGAUCCAGGAGUGGUUCACACUGGUCAACAAGAAGAACGCUCUCAUCCGGAGGCAGGACCAGCUGCAGCUGCUCAUCGAAGAGCAGGACUUGGAGCGGAGGUUCGAGCUGCUGAGCCGGGAGCUACGGGCCAUGUUGGCCAUUGAAGACUGGCUGAAAACGGCCGCGCAGCAGCACCGGGAGCAGCUCCUGCUGGAGGAGCUGGUGUCGCUGGUGAACCAGCGCGACGAGCUGGUCCGGAACCUGGACCAGAAGGAGCGGACCGCCCUGGAGGAGGACGAGCGCCUGGAGCGCGGCCUGGAGCAGCGGCGCCGCAAGCUGAGCCGGCAGCUGAGCCGGCACGAAUUCUGUGUGCUGAGCUGAGGCCGCGAGGGCCCAGACGUCUUCGCCCCUCCCGGUCCGUCCAGACCGCAGCUUUUCUCCCCGUCGCGCCCGGUCGCUGCUUCGGGCCUGCGCUCCGGAGGACCGGACCCUCCCAGAUGCCGCGCGUGGCCAGUAGGGGCCGUCGUCACCCUUUACCAGGAGGGGACGCGCGGCCCUUCAGGCCCCGACGGACAGGGGCGGCUGGGCGGCCGCGCCGCCCGGGCGUAUUUAUUAGUCCGUGUGAGUGUGUGUGCGUGUGUUCGUGGUGGGCUGGGGGGGUCCCAGGCGCGCCCCCCAGAACCCCUCCCCGAGGGCAGGACCCGGCCGGCCAGCCCCGAGGGAGAGGGACGGCUCGUGAACUGCCGCGCCCGCGCCCUCCCCCCUCUUCCGGUUCCUCGCGAGCAAUAAAGUUAGAAAAGGCCAA